AUGGGCUGCUUGUUCUUUUACGUCCUACUCCUUUCUCACAGCCCCAGCUUCUCAAAUUCUAAUAUAUUAUUUCAGGGUUUCAAUUGGGAAUCAUGGAAAAUGCAAGGGGGAUUGUACAACUCCUUGAAAAAUGUGGCUCCAGAAUUGGCUGCUGCUGGAGUUACACAUGUUUGGCUUCCUCCAGCUUCUCAAUCCGUUUCCCCCGAAGGAUAUUUGCCAGGAAGGCUCUAUGAUCUUGAUGCAUCAAAGUAUGGAAAUAAAAAUGAAUUAAAAGCACUUAUACAAGCCUUUCAUGGAAAGGGUAUCCAGUGCAUUGCAAAUAUAGUCAUAAACCACAGAACUGCAGAGAAGAAAGAUGGAAGGGGAAUAUGGUGCAACUUUGAAGGAGGAACCUCAGAUACACGCCUUGAUUGGGGUCCUCAUUCCAUUUGUAGAGAUGACAUUGAGUAUUCGGAUGGCACGGGAAACCUUGAUAGUGGUGAAGGCUUUCCUCCCGCUCCAGACAUCGACCACUUAAACCCGCAAGUUCAAAGUGAGCUAUCAGAUUGGAUGAAUUGGCUAAAGACCGAAAUUGGUUUUGAUGGGUGGAUAUUUGAUUUUGCCAAGGGAUACUCUCCAAGCAUCGCCAAAUUGUACAUAGAAAAAACUACUCCAAAAUUUGUAGUGGGGGAAUUUUGGAACUCCCUUUCAUACGAAAAUGGUGGAAAACCAAACUACAACCAAGAUGCUCAUCGACAAGCAAUCAUGAAUUGGGUUAGGGGCGCCGGAAGCAAUGCAAUGGCAUUUGAUUUUACGACUAAAGGGAUACUCCAAGCUGCAAUCCAAGGGGAACUAUGGCGGUUGAGGGUGUCUGGAAGCCCUCCAGGACUACUUGGCUUGUCACCAACAAAUGCUGUUACUUUUAUAGAUAAUCAUGAUACAGGUUCCACACAAGGACUUUGGCCUUUCCCAUCAGAUAAGGUUAUGCAAGGCUACACCUACAUUCUUACUCAUCCAGGGAUUCCAUCCAUUUUCUAUGACCACUUCUUUGAUUGGGGCUUGAAAGAGGAAAUCAGUAAACUAAUUGCAAUUAGAGAGAGGAAUGGAAUCAAAGCCAAUAGCACCGUAAACAUUUUGAUCUCUGAUCCUAAUCUUUAUGUAGCAACAAUAGACGAGAAGAUCAUAGCCAAGAUUGGAUCAAAAUAUGAUGUGCCAAGAAACCUCAUCCCUUCAACCUUCCGAAUUGCUACUUCUGGUAAUGAUUAUUGUGUGUGGGAGAAAAAAAUGAUAUGCACAUGUAAUUAUAUGUAACUAUUAUCGUCUUUAUAAUGUAGAAUGCCCAGGUAAGUGUAGGU